AUGCCUUACGCUGGAAACCCCCUAUCAGACAUCGAGGCCAAGGUCUCUCAGAUAGUCUCAAUCAUUGCUACAUAUCGCCACCGCUCCGCUGUUGUCCCUGAUCGUUACGCUAAGUUCGCCCCCACGCUCGAGAAACAGGUUAGAGACAUUGUCUCCAAUAAGGAGCCCAUCCGUUUUAUCCUUCCUGCCUUCCCUUUCAAGGCACCGGCCGAGGGAACUAAGCGGAAGACCCUCGGUCCUCUGCCAGACAAGGCCGAGGAGAUUGCAUUGCAAACACUCAAUGGAGUCGCCGACUCGAUUGCCGAGAUCUACGAAAGCGGCGCCACCGUUUUGAUGGUGUCAGACGCAUCAGUAUAUGGCGACCUUUUGAACAUCGCCGAUAGCGACGCUUUCGCGUAUCAUAGAGAGUUGAACAAGCUCGCCACUACUCUCGGCCUUCGCCAUCUGGAAUUCACCAGCCUGGGGGCCUUGGCCGGCAUUAUUCCACGGGAGGCACAGACACUCGAAGAAUACACCAAAUUUGUGGCCAAGACCCGUGACCACCUGGACUACUCACUUGCUAACGUGGUCUCUGUCGAGGAUGAAAAUUGGAAAUCGACAAGCCGGCACUACGACACAGCUCUCCCAGAGAGCAACCAUCCGGCAGCCUUAAAGACAGCCAUGCUCCAGCGAGGCAAGACAUAUGCCACACUACUGGCGUCGGCUGCGCCGUCCGCAAUCCGUUUGUCAAUCCAUGAGUCCAACAACGUUGGUAAGAUCACUCUCAACCUCUUUCCUCCGGCGGUCAACCCAGAUUUCAUCACACCAUGGCAUGGGGCUAUUGCUUUGUUCCCCGACGCUAGCUUGCGCGUGGUUGAUGCGUCUACCAUCAACAAGGACGAAUUCGAGGUCGUGAACAACGCUGCAGGCCAACCAUGGCUCCUACGUGCGAAGUGCGAGCUUUUUAAUUGGCCUGGAAAGGAGGUCGACUUCGAGCCACUUUUCCCCUGCGGCAUGCUGGUCCGUCCAAAGGAAGGACACGGGCCUUUGAAAUUUGAGGAUGUAGACAUGAAACGUGUACGUCGUCUGGCUCUCGCCACUGCACCCCUGCUCUUACGGGGGUUCACCAUGGAAGUGGAGAAGGAGGUAUUCCGCGAAAAAGCCCGUCAACUGGGUGAGAUCCAGUCAUGGCCAUUUGGUGAUAUUCUCGAGGUUCGCGAGAAUGGAGAAAUCAACAUGAACAACGUGCUUACGCGCGAGGCCAUGCCCUAUCACUACGAUGGCGUGUUCAAGAUGGCUCAGGAUGAGAAGACGGGUGAAUGGAUUUCCACGCCACCUCUUUUCCAGAUGUUUCGUAACCGCGCUGCCUCCCAGUCUGAGGGUGGUCUCACUCUCUUUGCUUCGUCGCGCAAUCUUCUGCCACUCCUCGGGCCUGAUACUAUACCGCUUGAGGAACUGCGUUCUCUAAAGUGGAAGACAUUCACAGAGUCCAAUGACGCCUUUGGUGGCCAUGAAUUGCACUUGCCCUUCAUAGUGGCACACCCGGAGUCCGGUGCCGAUACUUUCCGCAUCCACGAACCCUGGCCCGAAUCAAAGUGCAUCUCUGGAAGCAGUAAGCCAACUAUUGUGCAGGUCGUUGGCUGGCCUGAAGCCGAGAGUGAUGCACUGUUCGAGAAGCUUACGGCUCUGCUUUACGAUCGUCGUGUCGUAUAUCGCCACCAGUGGCAAGCUGGUGAUUUCCUUUUCAAUGAUAAUGCUACAACCCACCACACUCGGACUGCAUUCACUGAGGGCCACCGUGAGCACUGGCGUGUGCAUGUCAACUAA